AUGGCGCACCCACAACAGCAGGUCGCCCUGGAGCGACUGGAGAUCAUCUCCCGCGGUCUGCGCUCGAGGGCCGGCGAUGAUGUGCGACACCGAGCUGCUUUGCAGCUCCGGGAGCUCGUGACGUUUGCCGACUUUUACAACACUGUGAAUAAUAAGAUUACACAGCUCAUGGCCCAUGGAAGCGAUGCGUACGAGCGCCUCGGUGGAAUUUACGCCCUCGAUGCCCUCAUCGACUUCGAGGGUGUUGAUGUCGCCGCGAAAUACGCUCGAUUUACAACCAACCUCAAAACAAUCCUAAGAGGCAAAGACAUAAACCCCAUGCAGCCGGCUGCCAUCGCCUUGGGAAAGCUUUGCCGCCCCGGUGGCUCCAUGAUCUCCCGACUCGUCGAUUCCGAAGUCAACACAGCCCUCGAAUGGCUCCAGAACGACCGCGUCGAAGAACGUCGCUAUAGCGCCGCGCUUGUUCUACGAGAGCUCGCCAGAAAUGCCCCAACUCUCAUGUACCAAUACAUUCCGACCAUCUUCGACUGGAUUUGGGUGGUUCUUCGAGAUCCCAGACAGCUCAUCCGCGCGACCGCCGCCGAGACAGUUAGCGCCUGUUUCAAGAUCAUCCGCGAACGAGACCAGGACUUGAAGCAGCUAUGGAUGACGAAAAUGUACAACGAAGCGAGGCAGGGUUUGCGGAUUGGCACAGUCGAGUCUGUACAUGCUUCUCUGCUCGUCCUCAAGGAGCUUCUCGAGCAGGGGGGCAUGUUCAUGCAAGAGCACUACCAGGAGACCUGCGAUAUUGUCUUCAAGCACAAGGACCAUCGCGACGCCACGAUUCGAAAGACGGUCGUUAUACUCAUUCCCGACCUUGCCAGCUACUCACCCUCGGAUUUCGCCCAGUCCUGGCUCCACAAGUUCAUGGUCUUCCUGUCCGGGAUGCUGAAGAAGGACAAGGAGCGUAACGAUGCGUUCUUGGCCAUCGGAAAUGUUGCCAACUCUGUGAAGAGUGCUAUUGCCCCCUACCUCGAUGGUGUGCUCAUAUACGUGCGAGAGGGUCUCAGCGUGGCUUCUCGUAAGCGAGGAACAGUUGACCCUGUGUUUGACUGUAUCAGCCGCCUUGCUGUCGCCGUGGGUCAGACCCUAAGCAAAUACAUGGAAGCCCUUCUAGAUCCCAUCUUCGAAUGCGAUCUUACGCCUAAACUGACGCAAGCCUUGGUCGACAUGGCCUUUUACAUCCCCCCGGUCAAGCCGACAAUUCAGGAGCGCCUUCUUGAUAUGCUCAGCGUCGUUUUGUGUGGCGAGCAAUUCAAGCCUCUUGGUGCUCCCCAGCCAAACACGCUGAACUCGGUACCCAUCAUCCCCAAAGACCCAAAGGACCCCCAGGCGUACGAGCAUCGAAAAUCAGAGGUCAAAUUGGCACUCAGAACCCUCGGAAGCUUUGAUUUUACCGGCCACGUGCUCAAUGAAUUCGUUCGCGAUGUCGCUAUAAAAUACGUUGAGGACGAGAAUCCCGAGAUCAGAGAAGCGGCAGCUCUGACUUGCUGUCAGCUAUAUGUCCGCGACCCUAUCGUCAACCAGACGAGUUACCACGCACUCCAGGUUGUCGGGGAUGUUAUUGAGAAACUGUUGACUGUGGGAGUGUCCGACCCAGAGCAGAACAUUCGCCGCACCGUCUUGGCAGCCCUUGAUGAGCGUUUCGACCGCCACCUAGCCAAGGCAGAGAAUAUUCGGGUGCUCUUCUUUGCCCUCAACGACGAGGUCUUUGCCAUCCGCGAGGUGGCCAUUUCUAUCAUUGGUCGCCUUGCCCAAUUCAACCCCGCCUACGUCAUUCCGUCGCUUCGCAAGACGCUCAUCCAGAUGCUCACCGAGCUGGAAUUCUCAGACGUCGCGCGCAGCAAGGAAGAGAGCGCAAAACUUCUCAGCCUCCUUGUUCAGAACGCCCAGUCAUUGAUCAAGCCAUACGUCGAGCCCAUGAUCUCGGUUCUGUUGCCCAAAGCAAGCGACCCAAAUCCAUCAGUGGCUGCAACCAUUCUUAAGGCGAUUGGUGAGCUAGCCACGGUGGGAGGCGAGGACAUGCUUCCUUACAAGGACAAGCUCAUGCCCAUCAUCAUCAACGCCCUCCAAGAUCAGAGCUCGAAUAAUAAGCGAGAAGCAGCAUUGCAUGCUUUGGGUCAGUUGGCCAGCAACUCUGGCUAUGUCAUUGCACCCUAUCUUGAAUACCCACAGCUUUUGGAGCUUCUACAAAACAUUAUCCGCACCGAAGGCCACGUCGUCCGACUGAGACAGGAAACCAUUAAAUUGAUGGGUAUUCUGGGAGCCCUGGACCCGUACAAGCACCAGCAGGUGGAAGAGAGAGCCCCGGAGAACCAGCGCCUAGCCGAGUCCAACCAGAUGACCGACAUUUCAUUGAUGAUGACCGGGUUGACGCCUUCUAACAAAGAGUACUACCCAACUGUUGCCAUCAAUGCCCUUCUGCAGAUCCUGAAGGAUCCAUCACUGGUCCAGCACCAUGCGGCUGUGAUCGAAGCCAUCAUGAACAUCUUUCGCACACUUGGUCUCGAGUGUGUAUCUUUCCUUGAACGUAUUGUUCCGGCGUUUCUUAUGGUGAUAAGAUCGUCCACAUCGACGCGCCUUGAAUCGUAUUUUAACCAACUUGCGACAUUGGUCAACAUUGUGCGACAGCAUAUUAGAAAUUACCUGCCGGAUAUUGUCGAUGCCCUCCAGGAAUACUGGAAUACUUCUGCGACGCUGCAAACUACCAUUUUGUAUCUCGUCGAGGCCAUCUCCAGAUCUCUUGAGGGAGAGUUCAAAAUCUACCUCGCCGGACUCUUGCCUCUCAUGCUUGGCGUUCUCGAUAAGGAUGCGAGCGCCAAGCGGACUCCCUCGGAGAAGGUGCUGCAUGCCUUCCUGGUAUUUGGUGCGAGUGCUGAGGAGUACAUGCAUCUUAUCAUUCCAGUCAUUGUACGGACGUUUGAGAAGCAGGGCCAACCCCUCUCCAUCCGGAAAUCAGCCAUCGAGACAAUCGGCAAGAUUUCUAAACAGGUAAACUUGAACGAUUAUGCAGCCAAGAUUAUUCACCCUCUCACUCGAAUCAUCGAUGCGGGCGAACCGUCUCUCCGACUCGCCGCGCUCGACACGCUCUGCGCAUUGAUCCAGCAGCUUGGAAAGGACUACCUCCACUUUGCCGGAACAGUCAACAAGACUAUCACGCAACAUCAGAUUCAGCAUCAAAACUAUGACCUGAUGCUUAGCAAGCUGCAGAAGGGUGAGGGUCUUCCACAUGACCUAAGCUCCGAGGCUCGUUUUAAUGACGGGUUGGAUGAGCCUGCCUUUGCCGAUCUCGGAACCAAGAAAUUGGAGAUGAAUGCCAUCCACUUGAAGGGCGCAUGGGAUACCCGGGGCAAGUCUACAAAGGAGGAUUGGCAAGAGUGGCUACGACGCUUCAGCACAACUUUGCUCAGCGAGUCGCCCAAUCAUGCUCUGCGAGCCUGUGCGAGUUUGGCUAGUCUCUACCCUCCUCUCGCUCGUGAGCUGUUUAACUCGGCAUUUGUGUCCUGCUGGAGCGAGCUUUAUGAACAGUUCCAGGAAGAACUUAUCCAGAAUAUUGAAAGCGCGAUCAAAUCCGAGCAUGUACCCCCGGAUCUGCUUGGUCUUCUUCUGAACCUUGCCGAGUUUAUGGAACAUGAUGAUAAGGCACUGCCGAUCGAUAUCAGGGUUCUGGGAAGAGAGGCUGCGCGAUGCCAUGCAUAUGCCAAGGCACUUCAUUACAAGGAACUCGAGUUUUUGCAGGAUCAGAGCAGUGGCGCAGUAGAAGCACUGAUUGUCAUCAACAACCAACUGCAGCAGUCUGAUGCAGCUAUCGGUAUCCUGCGACGAGCCCAGCUGUAUAAGGAUGGCAUUCAGCUUCGCGAGACUUGGUUUGAGAAGCUUGAGAGGUGGGAAGAGGCUCUCGAGUUUUAUAACAAGCGUGAAGCAGAGAUCCCAGAAGACCAACCCACCCCUGUUGACAUCGUCAUGGGUAAGAUGAGGUGUUUGCACGCACUUGGAGAGUGGGAUGCGCUCGCAUACUUGACCAGCACAACCUGGGCCAACUCGUCCACCGAGGUUCAACGACGAAUUGCGCCGCUGGCAACGGCUGCCGCAUGGGGCCAGGGCAAGUGGGAUUCUAUGGAUAAUUACCUCUCCUCACUUAAGCGAUACUCCCCCGAUCGUGCGUUCUUCGGUGCCAUCCUGGCUUUACACAGGAACCAGUUCCGUGAGGCCAUCAACUGCGUCCAUCAGGCUCGCGAGGGACUUGAUACUGAGCUCAGUGCGUUGGUUAGCGAGUCAUACAACCGGGCCUACCAAGUCGUCGUCCGCGUUCAGAUGCUCGCUGAACUGGAAGAACUUAUUGUGUACAAGCAGUGUGACGAGAAGAAGCAGGCGGUCAUGCGCAAGACGUGGGAGACUCGUCUUAAGGGAUGCCAGCGCAAUGUUGACGUAUGGGCGCGUGUAUUGCGACUUCGCGCCUUGGUCAUCACACCCAAUGAGAACAUGGACAUGUGGAUCAAAUUUGCGAACCUCUGCCGCAAGUCCGGCCGUAUGGGUCUCGCUGAGAAGUCACUGAAGCAGCUUAUUGGCACCGAUAAGAGUCUCGAGACGGUGAUUCCAUACUGGGAGGAUAGCAAUGUGGCCGGCCCUCGUAAUAUUCAUGCGCAAGUCAUUUAUGCUGUCCUCAAGUAUCAGUGGGAGAUUGCCCAGCAGUCUGUCAACCGCACAUCGCAGACUGCCGAGAAGACGUUGUACUGCCUGAGAAAAUUCACCAACGAGACCGCGCACCGUCUUGAUGUGGCCAAGGCGCAUCUCACGGCACAGACAGGUAGCGAGAUGAACCUCCCCACUGAGUACGGCUUCCAGCAGCAGUACAUUGAUCCGUCGGUUAUGAGCCCCCAGACUAAGCGUGCGCUGUACGAUCAAACCGUUCUACUCGCCAAGUGCUACUUGCGACAGGGUGAGUGGAUGGUGGCGCUUAACAAGGACGACUGGCAAGAGGAGUACUUGCAUGACAUCUUGGGUUCUUACGCACAAGCCACCCGCUACAAUCCUCGCUGGUACAAGGCAUGGCAUGCCUGGGCUUUGGCCAACUUCGAGGUCGUCCAGCAGAUGACCGCCCGGAAUGAUGCUGGCAUGCCUAAGAGCAGCCAAGCCUCGCUCAUCGAGCACGUCGUCCCCGCCAUCAAGGGGUUCUUCAAGUCAAUUGCUCUUUCUGAGGGCAGCUCGCUCCAGGACACCCUUCGUCUGUUAACCUUGUGGUUUACGCAUGGCGCGUUUCCUGAAGUCAAUUCUGCUGUCACUGAGGGUUUUGCCAAUGUUAGCGUGGACACAUGGCUGGAGGUCAUUCCUCAACUCAUUGCUAGAAUCAACCAGCCGAAUAAGAGAGUCCAGCAAUCGGUGCACAACCUCUUGGCAGACGUGGGUCGCGCCCAUCCACAGGCGCUGGUUUACCCUUUGACUGUCGCGAUGAAGUCUUGGAAGAAUAGCCGCCGCUCUAAAUCGGCAGCUCAAAUUAUGGACAGUAUGCGGCAGCACAGCGCCAACCUCGUCGCACAGGCAGAGACAGUGAGCCAUGAACUCAUCCGCGUUGCCGUUCUCUGGCAUGAGCUCUGGCACGAGGGCCUGGAGGAGGCCUCGCGGUUGUACUUUGGCGACCAUAAUAUCGAGGGUAUGUUUGCCACGCUGGAGCCUCUGCAUGAUCUUCUAGAGCGAGGACCAGAGACCCUCCGUGAAAUCUCAUUUGCCCAGGCGUUUGGCCGCGACCUUAAGGAGGCUCAAGAGUGGUGCCAUCAAUACGAACAAAGCGGGGACGUGAAUGAUCUUAAUCAAGCGUGGGAUCUUUACUAUCAGGUUUUCCGCCGCAUCUCAAAGCAGCUGCCACAAGUUACAACUCUGGAGCUGACCUAUUGCUCCCCCAAGCUACUCACGGCCAAGAACCUCGACCUCGCCGUUCCAGGUACAUACAAGAGCGGACAACCCAUUGUGCGAAUCAUGUCGUUCGAGACGACGUUUACAGUCAUUGCAUCUAAACAAAGACCAAGGAAGUUAACCGCAAAUGGAAGCGACGGUGUAGCCUAUGCAUUCCUGCUGAAGGGUCACGAAGAUAUCCGACAGGACGAGCGUGUCAUGCAGCUCUUUGGACUCUGCAACACGCUGCUCGCCAACGAUUCGGAGUGUUUCAAGCGACAUCUCAACAUCCAGCGGUACCCCGCCAUCCCGCUCUCGCAGAACUCUGGUCUGCUUGGCUGGGUCCCCAACAGUGACACACUCCACGUACUCAUCCGGGAGUACCGUGAAAGCCGGAAGAUUCUGCUCAACAUCGAACACCGUAUCAUGCUCCAGAUGGCACCUGACUAUGAUAACCUCACUCUCAUGCAGAAAGUGGAAGUAUUUGGUUAUGCUCUUGAUAAUACCACGGGGCAGGACUUGUACCGAGUCCUAUGGCUCAAGUCCAAGUCGUCCGAGGCUUGGCUCGAGCGACGCACGAACUACACUCGCUCACUAGGUGUAAUGUCGAUGGUAGGAUACAUUCUCGGCCUUGGCGAUCGUCAUCCUUCCAAUUUGAUGCUCGACCGCAUCACUGGAAAGAUUAUCCACAUCGAUUUCGGUGACUGUUUCGAGGUGGCGAUGAAGCGAGAGAAGUACCCCGAGAGGGUUCCGUUCCGAUUGACGCGGAUGCUCACCUACGCAAUGGAGGUUAGCAACAUCGAAGGUAGCUUCCGUAUUACGUGCGAACAGGUUAUGAGGGUGCUACGGGAGAACAAGGAGAGCGUCAUGGCGGUGCUGGAAGCUUUUAUCCACGACCCUCUUCUCACUUGGCGUCUCACUAACAAUGCCUCGCCUGCCGGCCCGGAUUUCCGGACAGAGAGGGAGUCUACGAUGGUCGUACCUAACGGGGCCCGAGCCAGGCGACAAUCCAUUCUGGAGGCUGAUAUCGCACCUUCGGCGCUACUGGCAAACGGCGAUCUGUCCGGGGCACCUCCUGGGCGGCCCCGAGCCCGCACAACUAGCACGACUGGCACAGGGGUUGAGAAUGGUAAUAUGGUCAAUGGUGCAAAUAAUAACGUUAACGGCCAAGAGACCGAGAGCCAAAAUGCAAGGGCAUUGGAGGUGCUGGAUCGUGUGCAGCAGAAGUUGACUGGUCGCGAUUUCAAGCCUGAAGAGGAGCUGGACGUCGUCAACCAGGUCAACAAGCUUAUUGUUGAGGCCACGAGACUCGAGAAUUUGUGUCAACAUUAUAUAGGAUGGUGCAGCUUCUGGUAG